GGCGGCGCCGGGCCCGGUGGACUCGCCGUUCCUGCCGCCCAGAGGCCUCCCGCAGCUCACCCCGCCCCAGCCCUCUCCGCCCGGGAGGCGACCCGCGCCGCGCCCCCGCCCUCGGCCGGCCGAGCGCCCGCCGCCGCCGCCGCCUCAGCCUCCCCGCCUUCCCCGCCCUCCGCCGCCGCCCGCAGCCCCCGCGCCGCUCCGCGCCCCUCUCCCCGCCCGCCAUGAGCCCGGCCGACGCCAAGCGCGGGGCCAAGCGCCGGAAGAACAAGCGGGGCGGCGGCGGCGGCGGCGGCGCGGGCGGCGGCCACGGCGGCGCGAGCGGCGGCAAGGCCGGCCCGGCGGCGGCGCUGCGCGGCUCCCAGGCCCCGGGCCUGGCGGCUCCGGGAGGCGCGGCGGGCCUGCUGGGCGGCGCGGCCACGGCGGCCAACGGGCCCCUCGGCGCGGGCGCGGGCGGCGCCGCCCCCGGGGGCUACUUCGAGACUCCUUUUAGUUUUGGCAUGAAUCAUAGGACGCCACCCUAUCCUGCUGGGGAUUAUUGUCUUCUGUGCAGAAGUGAACGCAAAGACUCUUCAUUCUUAGAGAGUGGGAUUAAGACUGCGAACAAACUGGCUCUUUCCAUGGCUCCCAAGGGUAACAGUGUGCUGCACCUGCCGCUGUGGGUGUGCCCAGACUGCCGGAGGACCGUGGAGAAGGAAGAGAGGCUGGGUGGCCCGGACCAGCCGGCGGGCCAAGAUUUCCUUCUCCAUUCCCCGUUGGGUGGCUCGCAGCCGGAGGCUGGCGGUGGGAGGCUGGCGCUGGGUGCACAGACCCUGCCCUCGGCAGGGCUCGGCACUGCUCCCUCAGACGCAGCGUGCUCGUGCGAGGCCUGCAGUGAACGCAGGGAAAUCUCCACCGAGACAGACCGAGAGCCUCAGCAGCUGCAGAACUACUGGUCCGAAGUGCGCUACAUGGUCCGCUGCAUAUACCGCCAGGCUGGGACCCCGCUGGCAGAUGACCAGGACCAGUCCCUGGUACCGGACAAGGAGGGAGUGAAGGAGCUUGUGGAUAGGCUCUGUGAGCGGGACCCCUACCAGCUGUACCAGCGUUUGGAGCAGCAAGCCCGGGAGUACGUUCUAGAGAUGAAGGUCCGGCUGCUCCGGCAGUUGUCCGCAGCAGCCAAGGCCAAGGCGCCGUCUGGCUUGCAGGGCCCGCCGCAGGCGCACCACUUCAUCUCCCUCCUGCUCGAGGAGUACGGCGCCCUCUGCCAGGCCGCACGCUCCAUCAGCACCUUCCUCGGCACUCUGGAAAAUGAACAUCUGAAGAAGUUCCAGGUUACCUGGGAACUGCACAACAAGCACCUGUUUGAAAAUCUCGUCUUUUCCGAGCCGCUUCUGCAGAGCAACUUGCCGGCGCUGCUGUCCCAGAUCAGGCUAGGAACCACCACGCACGACACCUGCAGUGAGGACACGUACAGCACCUUGUUACAGAGGUACCAGCGCUCCGAGGAGGAGCUGCGCAGGGUGGCAGAGGAGUGGCUGGAGUGCCAGAAGAGGAUUGAUGCCUACGUGGAUGAGCAGAUGACAAUGAAAACCAAACAGCGCAUGUUAACAGAAGACUGGGAGCUUUUUAAACAAAGAAGAUUCCUGGAAGAACAGUUAACUAGUAAGAAAGCAGUCGCUGGGGAGAACAGCUUCACGGACACCGUGCGGCACAUGCUGUCGUCGCGGCUGAGCAUGCCCGACUGCCCCAACUGCAACUACCGGAGAAGAUGUGCGUGUGAUGACUGCAGCCUCUCACACAUCCUCACUUGUGGUAUCAUGGACCCCCCCGUCACUGACGACAUCCACAUUCACCAGCUGCCCCUCCAAGUGGACUCCGCUCCCGACUAUCUCUCUGAGAUGCGCCCACCCAGCGUGUCAUCAGCAAGCUCAGGGUCGGGCUCCAGCUCUCCCAUUACAAUUCAGCAGCAUCCCAGACUCAUCCUCACAGACAAUGGCUCUGCACCAACGUUCUGUAGUGACGACGAAGACGUGGCUCCGCUGUCGGCCAAGUUCGCGGACAUUUAUCCGUUGAGUAACUACGAUGACACUGAGGUGGUGGCCAACAUGAAUGGAAUCCACAGUGAAUUGAACGGUGGUGGGGAAAACAUGGCCCUGAAGGAUGAGUCCCCUCAGGUCAGCAGCAGCAGCAGCAGUUCUUCGGAAGCUGACGACGAAGAAGCCGAUGGAGAGAGUAGUGGGGAGCCGCCCGGGGCCCCGCAGGAAGACGGGGCGCUAGGAAAUAGCCCCAGGAAAGAGGAGAGCAAAGUGGACAGUCCACCCCCGUCUUACCCAGCGCAGCAGACUGAGCAAGCUGCAAACACUUGUGAGUGCCACGUUUGUAAGCAAGAAGCUUCCGGACUGCCGGCAUCAGCAGUGACAGCUGGAGCCCUCCCCCCUGGCCAUCAGUUCCUGAGCCCAGAGAAGCCUACGCACCCUGCGCUGCACCUGUACCCCCAUAUCCACGGACAUGUGCCGCUGCACACGGUGCCACACCUGCCACGCCCCCUCAUCCACCCCACCCUGUAUACAGCACCCCCCUUCACACACAGUAAGGCUUUACCGCCAGCACCUGUUCAGAAUCACACAAAUAAGCCUCAGGUAUUCAGUGCAUCUCUUCAAGACCACAUUUAUCCAAGCUGUUUUGGGACUACUCCAGAGUGGAAUAGUUCUAAAUUUAUAAGUCUUUGGGGAUCAGAAGUGAUGAAUGAUAAGAACUGGAAUCCUGGCACUUUCUUGCCAGAUACAAUUUCUGGGAGUGACGUAUUAGGGCCAGCACUCUCAGAGACAAGAGCUGAAGCCCUUCCACCUCCAUCUAGCAGUGAAGCACCUACAGUUUUGGAUAGUAAAGAGAGAAAAAAUGCUGCAAAAAAGAAAUGUUUGUACAAUUUCCAAGAUGCUUUUAUGGAAGCAAACAAAGUUGUCAUGGCCACCUCGUCAGCCACGUCCUCCGUGUCGUGCACAGCCACGACAGUGCAGUCCAGCAACAGCCAGUUCAAGGUGUCGUCCAGGAGACCUCCUUCCAUAGGUGACGUCUUCCACGGCAUCAACAAAGAGGACCACAGACACCCAGCACCAGCUGCCCCCAGGAGCAGCCCCACAGGCGUGGCGCCACUCCCGGCCCUGUCCCCUGCUGCCCUCGCGCCCUCCUCCGCACCUCACCUUGCCAACCUCGCGGCCCCCUCCUUCCCCAAAACUGCGACCACGGCUCCCGGGUUUGCAGACACACGGAAGAGCUUCUGUCCUGCCCCUGUGGCACCCCCGCCCCCCACCACAGACGGCUCCAUUAGUGCCCCUCCGAGUGUCUGCAGUGACCCUGACUGCGAAGGGCACCGCUGUGAGAACGGCGUGUACGACCCACAGCAGGACGAUGGGGACGAGAGUGCGGAUGAGGACAGCUGCUCCGAGCACAGCUCCAGCACCUCCACCUCCACCAACCAGAAGGAGGGCAAGUACUGUGACUGCUGCUACUGUGAGUUCUUCGGGCACGGCGGGCCGCCAGCUGCACCCACCAGUAGGAAUUAUGCAGAAAUGAGGGAAAAGCUUCGUCUGCGACUGACCAAGAGGAAGGAAGAGCAGCCUAAGAAGAUGGACCAGGUCUCAGAAAGGGAGAGCGUCGUGGACCACCGCCGCGUCGAGGACCUGCUGCAGUUCAUCAACAGCUCCGAAACCAAGCCCGUGAGCAGCACCCGGGCAGCCAAGCGGGCCCGGCACAAGCAGAGGAAGCUGGAAGAGAAAGCACGCUUGGAAGCCGAGGCCAGGGCCCGGGAGCACCUGCACCUGCAAGGGGAGCAGAGGCGGCAGGAGGAGGAGGAGGAGGAGGAAGAGGAGGAGGAGGAGGAGCAUUUCAAGGAGGAGUUUCAGCGGCUUCAGGAGCUCCAGAAGCUAAGAGCUGUAAAAAAGAAGAAGAAAGACAGGCCAAGUAAAGACUGCCCCAAGUUGGACAUGCUUGCUAGAAACUUCCAGGCAGCCACAGAGUCUGUCCCCAACUCUGAAAGCAUCCACAACGGCUCACUAGAGCAAACUGAAGAACCAGAAACCUCAUCCCGCUCCCCUUCCAGACAUGUGAGCCACACGGAGUCCAGGCCGGGCCCAGGAGCUGACGGGGACCCUGCAGACCCCAUCGACACCAGGGACUCCAAACUUCUCCCCAAGGAGGCCAAUGGCAAGCAGCACGAGCCACUCUCUUUCCUCUUUGACAUAAUGCAUCACCAUAAGGAGGGAAAUGGCAAACAGAAACUAAAACAGUCCAGUAAGGCCGGCAGUGAGCCAGCCAGGAGGCCCAUGGAGUCCCCCAGAGCCGUGGAGGGACAGCCCAGACCCCGGGCCCAGGUGGAGUCCAAGGCUAGAGUGACGGAGCUCACUCCCCUUGCGGAGCAGAAGAGGGAGGAGAGGAAAGUCAACAGUAAUAACAAUAACAAGAAGCAGCUGAACCACGUCAAGGACGAAAGGUCAAACCCCGUGCUCGCCGAGCCCAGCUCGCCGGGUGAGCAUCAGCAGAGCGGCAGGCAGCUGCUGGCGGACUCUCCGCAGCCCAGAGGCAAGAGCAGGAAGAGCAAGAAGAAGAAAGGAGACAGAGCCGGCAGCUCGAUCGAUGAUGUGUUUCUGCCUAAAGACAUCGACCUGGACAGUGUGGACAUGGACGAGACGGAGAGGGAAGUGGAGUAUUUCAAAAGGUUCUGCUUGGAUUCCGCCAGACAGACCCGGCAAAGGCUGUCCAUCAACUGGUCCAACUUCAGCUUGAAAAAAGCCACCUUUGCCGCCCACUGAACAAGAACCGCCCAGAGAGGGGGCGGGCCAGGCCACGCCACCCUGAGACACCCCCAGACCGGGAGCCCGCCGCUCGGCCCGCGUCGCUAGCUCGUGUGCGUGUAGUCUGUGCGUGCGACUUCUCUGAUCGUAGCCCUGUGCUGUCGGAUUGGAACAGUAGUUCCCGCCACGUCCCGCCAGGAUUCGAGUUUGCAUCAUCACGUGGCUCCGUCGCCUCUGCAUCUCGCCCUGUCCCGUCCCCUGUCCCCGCCGGGGUGUCGGCCGUCACUCAGCCCUCGUGUGCCCCUGCCCCAGGCGGGCCCUCCAGUCUGCUGUUCCUGAGUGUACACGUCGCGCUGUUCGUGUCUGACCCCCGACCCGUAGCCAGCCUGUGUGAGACCCCUGCAGAAUGAGGAGGUGAACGAGACCCGCCCAGUACUCACCAUCAGUCUGUUUAGAGUGUACGACUAUUAACACGGAGGCCUGCCUGGCUACUUUUUAACAUAUUGUUAAGUGAUAUUAAAAUCAUGUCUUUCUUUUUGAAAGAUGGAACACAUUAGUACAGCA